CAGCUGCCAUAACCCACCACGAAAAGAAUAAAUCCACCAUUAGGCGAGUUCCAAUCGGACAGAGAGUUAAAUGUUUUCCGAUUUUCAAACAGUGAACUUGUACGUGCGUUAAAAUUAAACUGUUCAGCAUUUAAAUCGCGUGAGAUUUUUGCCAUUUAACGAUUGUUGCUAUGUCUACCAGCCCGAAACCGGUUAAGAAGGUACCGAUUCACUUGCAGAGCGCCCAGAAUCGCGUCUACAUUAAGAAUGGCGAGAUCGUCAACCAUGACAAGUCGUUUAAAGCGGACGUUUACAUCGAAGAUGGAAUUAUCAAGUUUGUGGGACCCUCCUCGGAAAUAACGAUACCUGGAGGAGUGCGCACCAUCGACGCCAGUGGACUGAUGAUCAUUCCCGGAGGCAUCGACCCCCACACCCACAUGCAGUUGCCUUUCGGCGGAGCCGUGGCCGUCGACGAUUUCUACCAUGGAACCAAGGCCGCCGUUGCAGGUGGCACCACCAUGAUCAUCGACUUCGUUCUGCCCAACAAACAUGAGUCGAUGAUCGAGGCCUACGACAAGUGGCGCAGCUGGGCCGAUCCUAAGGUAUGCUGCGACUACGGAUUGCACGUGGGGAUCACCUGGUGGUCAAAGUCGGUGUCUGAGGAGAUUGGCAUUUUGUGCAAAGAGCUUGGAGUGAACUCCUUCAAAACAUUCAUGGCCUACAAAGGACUUUACCAGCUGAAUGAUUCAGACCUUCUGGAUGUGUUCGAGCGUAUCAGGCACUUAAAUGGCGUUGCUAUGGUCCACGCGGAGAACGGCGACAUCAUUGCGAAGAACACGCAGCGCCUGCUGGCCGAGGGCAUCAAUGGGCCGGAGGGUCACGAGCUGUCGCGGCCCGAGGAGGUCGAGGCCGAGGCGGUGCACCGCGCCUGCGUCCUGGCCCACCAGGCCGAUUGCCCCCUGUACGUGGUCCACGUGAUGAGCAAGUCGGCGGGUAUUGAGCUGGCCAGGGCCCGUCACCGCUAUCGCGGGCGGUACAUAAUGGGCGAGACCCUGGCCGCGGCGCUGGGCACGGAUGCCACCUGUUGCCAGCACCUGGGCUUCGAUGCCGAGGCUGCGCAUGUGCUCAGUCCGCCCUUGCGGCCUGACAAGACGACCCCCGAGUUCUUGAUGAAGCUGCUGGCGAAUGACGACCUGCAGCUGACUGGCAGCGACAAUUGCACAUUCAACAAGGAGCACAAGGCGCUUGGAAAGGGCGACUUCACCAAGAUUCCCAAUGGAGUCAACGGAGUCGAGGAUCGCAUGUCGCUGGUCUGGGAGAAGGGCGUCCACGCUGGGCUUCUGGACCCUUGCCGCUUUGUGGCCGUGACCAGCACAAAUGCAGCCAAGAUAUUCAACAUCUAUCCCCAGAAGGGACGCAUUGCCGUCGGUUCGGAUGCGGACAUUGUGAUCUGGAAUCCGAAUGCCACCCGUACCAUUUCCAAGGAUACCCACCACCACGCCUGUGACUUCAACAUAUUUGAGGGCAUGACUGUGCACGGCGUCUGCGAGUUCGUUCUGGUGCGCGGUCGGAUCUGUGCCGAGCGCGGAAACGUGCGGGUAGCGGAGGGCUUUGGACGGUUCAUUCCCAACCCUGUGCGUCCACCGUUCGUUUACGACAUCAUCGAGGGCAAGGUGCAGUCACAGCCGGAGGAACAGCACGAGGAGAAGCAGAACGGCACCAUGGCCAAGCGGUUCGCUGAGCUCGACAUACAGAUUCCGGUGCAGGAGCCCAUCAGCGCCAUGCUGGCUGGCAACCUAGCCAUGCCGGCGGAGGGAUCACUGUGCAGCACGCCCUCGGUGCGAGGACGCGUCGAUGGAAAGCGUGACUUGCAGGAGUCUUCCUUCUCCAUAAGUGAGGAACUUGACAGGUCUGGUGUUAGAGCGUGCAUUAAAGUGAAGAACCCACCCGGCGGAAAGUCUUCCGGAUUCUGGUAGAUCACAGACCCGAUGUCGCUUCGUAAUGUGUGGGUGCGGAAUUGCACAAUCUCCGACGACCGUGUAAGCCAAAGUCUGCGCUCAUUCGAUAACUAAACUGGCAUUUACCCUGAAACAAAAUCGUAAUCUAACCAAAUUUCAAAUAAGUAAGAGUAUAACCACAAACCAAUUAAGAAAGUAUCAUAGAAUCUGCUUCGUAAUUUUAUAUUUAGAAAUGAUUGCCUCUUGUUGAUACAAUUUUUGUUAAAUUCAUCAACUAUGAUGCCUUGAAGCAUGUGAAGUCAUAAAAACAAACGAUAUUGCUGUUUAAGGAUUUUUUGUUGAAAUCGUUUAUUUUAAUACUUUGUUUAUUUACAAGGAGAUUUAGCACAAUUUAACUCAGUUAAAUUCAUUACACUAUUGCAAUUGUUUAUUGAUUACCCGCUUCGAAGUAGAGUACAUCGAUCAUGCCACGUGAGACAAAGUAGCGUUUGGGAGCAAAUUCGGCAUUUUAUCUGAGGAUGUCUAAAAAUAAUACUUCAAUCAUUUUUUUGAUAAAAAAAUUAUAAUCCGGAAAUCUGGAAGCCUAUUUAUAUUAAAUACAUACUUUAUAUACAUAUAUUUAACAACAAAUGCAGAACACAAAGAUCAAACUAAUAAACUUUACCAAAAAAAAUUCCAUCUUUC